AUAUUUGGUAGCCAUUUUAGCACUCUGAAGAAAACAAAUCCAAUUCUCCAACUCCUCUUUCUCUCUCAAACAGAGUUAGCCGCAGACGCACGCGCUAGAUCAGCAUUUGAUUUGUUAUUCGGUAUCCAGCAGAGAUGUGGCGGUGCUUUUCUCGUGGCAUCCGCAUUCCUUCCUCGAAGUCCGCCGCCGCCGAUUCCGUUCGUCGGCUAUCUAGUGGAGCGGCGCCGUCAUACACGGUUGUGGAUCACACCUACGAUGCUGUGGUGGUUGGUGCAGGAGGCGCUGGGUUGAGGGCGGCGAUAGGGCUAUCGGAGCAUGGAUUCAACACUGCUUGCAUUACCAAGCUGUUCCCUACUCGUUCCCAUACCGUUGCAGCUCAGGGUGGAAUUAAUGCUGCAUUAGGAAAUAUGACAGAGGAUGAUUGGAGAUGGCACAUGUAUGACACAGUUAAAGGAAGUGAUUGGCUUGGUAUGUUGGUCCUUUGGAUUAGCUCUAGUAUGAUGUUUUUUUAUAUUAUUGAAAGCUUUAGUUUGGUUAUUAUCUUCUUAAAGAACUAAACUUUUGCUUUCUCU